CCCCCAACCCCCCUCCAACAGUCUCACCUCUUGCAAUCUGACCGGCUCCCACGUCUCUCCCUGGGCCGACAGCUCCCAUUCUUUGCCCAGGUAGUUGAGCCGUUGAAUGAGCAAAGCUUCCUUGUGGGUGUCGUCUUUACUUUGAAACCUCUUGUCCAUUCACGCUGGAGCGGUUGGGAUACUUUUCAUCCUUACCCCCAGCAACCAUAUGGGCCCGAGAUCUGGGGAGCAUAAACAAUGAGAGGCCCCUGACAGGGGGCCUCUGCCUUGCAACUUUUUUGCGGGCUCUGGGUUUCCAGUAACGCCUGCAGCAGCUUCUCCCGCCCCUUUCUGAGGCCUGGCUGGAGGAGGGGGACCACCAGUGGGAUGGAGUGAAUUUUAAAGAACAAAGAACAGGGCCCACAGCAUGGGGAACUUAGCUACAGGUUUCUCCCAGAAUUAGGCGGGGAGGGCGUGCUGGAGCAGAGCCAGGCCUCUGGGCAACCCAAGGGUAGUUGGCAAUAGUGGGGCAUCACUAGAGGCCGGGAAGCUGCUAUCCUUGUUGCGGAGCUGCUACAGGGCUGAGUGUGGGAGGUACCAUGUGCUACCAGCCCUGAUCAGCUGCCUGUAUGUGACUACUGAUUAAUGUGGUUUAUCUCCUCUGUGAACAGGGACUUUGCCCCUCUACUAUUUCCCACUGAGUGGAACCUUGGGAGAUACGGGAGGGAGGGGAGCCUGUCAGGGCUCCUGGUGAUCCGUCUUAGCACGGACUUCAAGGAGCUGGAUGCUAAAGCGAGCCUGCCCCCAAGCAGUAUUGAUGUGGGGGUGUCUCGGCCCCUCUGGUAACUUCUUGGGGUUCGCAGGACCCUUUGCUCACUUGAGCCCUCUGAUUGCCCUGUCUACCCUUUGCAUUGCUGGACUUCAGAUCUAACACAAUACCUGCCUGUUGCCUUGGGAGUGCCCAGCUCCCCCGCAGCCAGCACGAUGCCCAUUCUCAAGCAGCUGGUGUCCAGCUCUGUGAACUCGAAGCGCCGCUCGCGUGCGGACCUCACCGCCGAGAUGAUCAGUGCCCCGCUGGGUGACUUCCGCCACACCAUGCACGUGGGCCGGGCUGGGGAUGCCUUUGGGGACACCUCCUUCCUCUCCAGCAAGGCCAGGGAGGCGGAUGAUGAGUCCCUGGAAGAGCAGGUCUCCAGACUCAGCCUCCUGUCCCGGAAGUUCCGGGGCAGUAAACGUUCCCAGUCUGUGACCAGAGGGGACCGGGAGCAGAGAGACAUGCUGGGCUCCCUGCGGGACUCAGCACUGUUUGUCAAGAAUGCCAUGUCCCUGCCUCAGCUCAAUGAGAAGGAAGCCGCCGAGAAGGACUCGGGCAAGCUGCCCAAGAGCCUGUCGUCCAGCCCCGUGAAGAAGGCAGACGCUAGAGAUGGUGGCCCGAAGAGUCCCCAUCGGAACGGGGCCACGGGCCCCCACUCAUCUGACCCACUCCUUGACGAGCAGGCCUUUGGGGACCUGAUGGACCUACCUACCAUCAUGCCCAAAGUUGGACCUACCCAUCAUGCCCAAAGUUCAUUCUACGGGCUGAAGCAUGCCGAGUCGAUCCUGUCCUUCAACAUCGACCUGGGGCCCUCCAUGCUGGAAGAUGUUCUCAGUAUCAUGGACAAGGACCAGUGGUGCUCGGAGGAGGAAGAGGAGGAAGUUGGCGGGUACCGUGACAAGGAAGGCCCCAGCGACAUGGUCCAGGCACCCCCUGUGCUGGAGGUAGUUCCUCCUCUAGGGAGACAGGAACGCAAGGCCAGCUGGGACCAGGCCUCCAUGCUGCCCCCCCACGCUGUGGAGGAUGAUGGAUGGGCGGUGGUAGCCUACCCCAGCCCCAGCUCGGCACGCAGUGUGGGCAGCCACACCACGCGAGACAGCAGCUCCCUGUCCAGCUACACCUCAGGCGUCCUUGAGGAGCGCAGCCCAGCUUUCAGAGGCCCAGACAGGGUGGCAGCUGCUCCUUCAAGGCAGCCAGACAAGGAAUUCUGCUUCAUGGAUGAGGAGGAGGAAGACGAGAUCCGAGUUUGAGGCUGGACAGAAAGUUGAAAGUCGCCUCCACAGCUCUGGGCUGCAUCUUUUCCCUGCUGCUGCCUCCGCCACCUUCACUAUGACCUUUGACCUUACUCUGUAGGUGCAGCUAAGAGCCUCAUUGGAGUAGACCCUGGACCUCGGGGAUUGGGGUGCCAGGGACGUAGCAGGGGUACUGGCGCCUAGCGGCCUGACUCUGACCUAACCUUCCUUACUGCACCAGCCUGGGAUGGAUCCGAGUCCCAGCAGGAAGCCAUUCUCUUCUGGGCCCUUUGCUUCCAGUCUGACCUCAGAUGGAUGCCAGAUGUUAGUUUGAGUUGCUGCCGCAAUGACAGGGAAGCCAGGUGUGGUCUUCUCUCCAAGGUCGUGGACACUUGGCUCCCUUCUGUUCACCUUGUGUCUGGUGCCUACCCAGGAGAUAUAUGCAGCAGGAGGCAGGGGUGCUCACAUGUUUGGCCUCCUCCUUCCUCCACCCCUGGCUCCUCACUGAAGCCUGGUGUUCUGUGGGGUUCAGCUGGAGCCACGGGGACAGCCUCAACGAUUACACUAAACGCAGCCUUUCCCAGAGGCCAGGACAGGAUGGGGCACAGAAGGGAAACACCCCACCCCUCAGCUUCUUGGGUUCUCAAGACACUAGGAACAGGAAAGGGGCCGGCUCUGCCCAUGGCUGUGCUUGUUCCUUGUUACUAUGUUUUAAACCUGAAUAGAGCACUGUCAAAAUCCCCUGCCAGGAGAAUAGUGACUGUCUUGGUGGCUGAGUGACUGUUAUCUGACCUGAAUCUGGGUGUACAGACCCUGCCCAGGUUGGACUGUGGCGGGGCAGCCACCACCAGUGUUUGUCCCUGAACCCCCACAUCCAUAGCUGUUAGUGGCUGAAGGAGGACUGUGUAGGAAAGUUCUGGAAUUCGAUGCUUAAAUGAUACAUUAUUCCCCGGGGUGUGAGUUGCACUUUGGCUAGUUAGUGGCCUCUCCUUGGGCUCUGGGCCAGGCCUAGCAAAAACACGAAACAAGAUGGGACCGUAUUUGAUUUGAAUUCCAGGGAAAUGAAAGUGGGUUUUUGUUUGUUUGUUUUUGGCUUUUUGAGAUACAGUCUCACUCUCUAGCCCAAGCUGGCCUCAAGCUCGUAGCGAGCCUCCCUUUCUCUGGGAGCUGCGGUUACAAGUAUGCACCGCCGCUCCUGGCUGUUUUGUUCUUCUGAAAUCUGUUUUGCUCAGCUCCUGUAACUCUACCCAGAACAUGAGUAGAGGCAGGGGCCUGAGCCCUAGGGAUGGUAGCUCAUUACUUUCCUGUGCUGGGAGCAGGGUGACUAGAUCCAUGGUCUAGCACAGCCAGUGGGAAUCUGGGGAGAGAGCAAGCUAGAUUACAAGCAGAGUCUGGCCAGAUGGUGGCCAGCCAUGGGCUUCUUCACUUCCAGAGGCCUCCCUCCUAGAUUCUGACCCUGAAGUGCUCACUGGGCCCCUGACUGGUGCUCCUACGCAGGUAGGCAUUGACUGAGCUACAGAGCUGUGCCUCUGGCCAGCAGUACACACACAACACACACACACACCCUUCUCCUAAAUCUACCUGGUUGAUUCUAAACUUUAAACUUUGUAUUUUUUUUUCCAUGACAUUGAAAAAGCAGUAAGAAAACAUUAAAAUUUCCUCCUAACACUCCUAGUGUCUGACUCUUCUUCCUGGGGUCUUAUUUCAGGGCAGUGUGUGUGUGUGUGGUAAUAGUCGUAGUUCCAGCAAAAACAGGAGCUUGAAGCAGGUAGUCACAUCCAAUCCACAGUCAAGAAGAGCGAACAGUGGAUGCUGGUGCUCAGCUCCUCUC